GGAUGAGCAGCAACCAAAAGGGAAUGAUCACCUGAGCUCCUGCUCCUUGCCAUGGGCUCUCUGUUCAUUAAGCCUAAACCUAAAGUCCACCAACAAGAGAAAACGACCCGACCAAAGCUUCUUCCUUUAAAACAACCCAAGGACUCAAGAAUAAAAAGGACCCGAGCAGCCAGGAAGAUUCAGGCCUUGUGGCGCGGAUUCCUGGUGAGGCAAACUCUGCUGGCUGCUGCCCUCAAUGUCUGGGUGAUUCAGUGCUGGUGGAGGAACAUUCUCCACAGACAGGUACUUAAACGGCGGCUGGCCCUGCUGAGGAUAUACGUCAUCGAGGAAGAGGCAGCUGUCAGGCUCCAGGCCUGGGUUCGCAUGUGGAAUUGCCGUCGAUUCUUCAAUCAAAUAUGCAACACACUCUGUGUGGUCCAGUCUGUCGAAAACACCUUUACCUUCAAGAACGAUGACAUUUUGCAGGUUCAAUAUGAAGUUGUUUCCAGACAACCAGAGUUCCACAUCGAAAUCCUAUCCAUCUAAAGGCCCACAGCACAAAGAGUUGGCUCCAAUGCCUAAAUAAAUACCUGACC